GGAGCUUUUUAAUUCCCAAGAACUUUAACAUGCUGAUCAUCAGUAUCUGGCCCAAGGAGCCUUUAUCAUGUCUAAGUGGGAACACGGGUUGGACUGUCGGCUCUACGUCUCCCUUAGAGACAGCUGCCCGGUGAUCAAGUGAAGGAUGUUUAUAUUUUUACGACAUUUAAUGAUUAAGGGUGAUGUAAAUGUUUAAAACUGGAAACAUCUCUAAGAAAUGUGUGGUGAAUGUGUUUAACAACAUCCACAUAUAAACAAUAACCAAUCCCUUGUAGAUAAAACACAAACAUUGGGUUUAAAAAUGAAAAAUAACCUUGCCAAAGUUUAUAGAAAAUUUUAAAUGAGUUUCAAAAGCCCUGAGUAAUUUUUUUUUUAAGUUUGAAGAAAAGUUUACAUAAACUGUGUUACUUGUGUGAUAGUUAUUGCUGUAUUUAUCUAGUUUUAAUUUCUGCCAUGGGUGUUCCUUAAGUCGUUUUUUUUUUGUCACAAAAUUGGUUUUAGUCAUUUUUCAUUUGCUUUUUACACAACAUUGUGCCAAUUUUUCACACCCCCAUCUCAUAAUAUUAGCCUUUUCUCUGUGUGUGGUAUGUAUUUGUGGUUUAUGCUCUGAAACAUCAGAUAGUUUCUGUGUACAAAAACAUGUUUUAAUGACUGUAGUCCCACCUACCGCCAUGCGGGGGCGCUGCUGUAUAACAACUAGCUGACCACAACAACGGAAAUUUCAACAAUGGAUGCUGAACCGCUCACAGGCGCGAGCUCUCUAGAUUAGUAGCAUUACUAAUAUCAGGACGGACACUCGUGGGUUGAUGUGAACAGUAACUCAGCGGCGGCAGACUCAGAUCUAUGCGGACUCCGGUUUGAUUGUUCGGGGACAAAGCCCGCGUCGCUCCGCAUCCGUCCAUGUUGGUCCAGGCCCGCCCAUCCUCCAGAUCAUCAUCACAGCAGCAGUGGUCCACGGAACAUCCCGCUGGAGGUAGGCAGUUGAGAGAUCAUCCACAACAGUGUGCCUGGAUUGAAGCGGAUGAGAUGCUGGAUGAUUUAUGAGGUUGGAGCUGAUUUCUGUUGAAGAAGCAGCUCCACCAGCUGUGAUGGACUUCCCAGGUCAUUUUCAGUACAUUUUCAAACAGCUCAACCACCAGCGCCUCCAUGCCCAGCUGUGUGACUGUCGGGUGGUAGUUGGAGAUCAGACCUUCAGGGCUCACCGCUCAGUCCUGGCUGCCUGCAGCUCUCACUUCAGGGUUCUCCUCAGCAGCUCCAGCGAUGAUGAAAGCUCAGGAGCUCAAAGGGAUGCUGGAGGUGGAGCUCCUACUGUGAUGGUGCUAGACCCAGAGGUUGUCACCCCAGAGGCUUUCUCCGCUCUGUUGGACAUGAUCUACACCUCCACCCUGUCUCUAGGCACCUCCAAUGCGAUGGAUGUGCUGUUGGCGGCGUCCCACUUGCACCUUAACACUGUGGUAAAGGCCUGCAAGCUCCACCUGUCCAGGAAAAACUUCCCCGCCUCUGCGCCUAAAGGGUGGAGGUCCAUACAGCAGCAAUGUUCUCAAGCAGCAACCGGUCCACGGGUCACGUCAGCCUCAGAAGAAGAUCAAGAGGACGUAGUGAUAGAGGUUAGUCAGUCUGGUGAAGAUGAGGACAGCCGGAUGAGACGAAGUGAGCAAAACACAGCGUUGUGUUUGAGACAAAAGAGAAAAUCACAGGAGGAGAGGCUUGGUGACAAAAAGAGGACCUCCAGGCUGUCUGGAGGCAACUAUGAAGACUGUUCUCCUACUGUGACCAUGAGCACGGAGGGAGGAGCAGAGGAACAUUCAUCUCCAGACUGCCUGAAGAUGACGGACUUGACCUGGGAAAACCAAGGUGAUGAUGAGGAGGAAAAGAAAUAUGAAGCAACCAAAGGAGAGUCAGAAGAAUUCCAGCUUCCAACCCAGUCAGACAGCAGCUCUGGAGGAGAUGUUUGGAAGACAGGUGAAGAUGUAGACACGGUGGUUAAAGUUAAAGUGGUUGAGGAGGAGCAGGAGGAGCUCAAGAUGGCAAUUAUUGAGGUAAAGAAGGAAAAUCUUUGUUCAUUUCCAUCAAAUUUGGACACGAUACCCAACAACUCUCCUCCUUUGCUGCAAGACAGCAGAGACAAUUCAGACCCAGAGCUAAACGGUGAGAAGACAACUGCAGCUGAUCCGGCAGAAGCCAGCUGUGUCACCUUACAGUCACAGCUGUGCACAGAUGUUCCCACUGAUACACUGAGAGACACAGAGGGGUUGGCUGAGGACCCUGUUGAUGGUGAAGGCCUAGACAGCCUUUCUGAGCUGACCUUUUCCUGUUUCCUUAAUGCCAGUAGUGGAAGUGUGAUGGGAGAUCUGGGAGAAGAAGACAGUCUAGCUAGUCUUACAGCUGCUGCUGCAGCCAGUGAUGCUCCUACAGCCCAGGAGGACGCAGGAGAACUGGGAACCUCCUCUGCACAGCGCUCAGAUUCUUCACCCUCUCUUGUUUUCCCAGUGACCUCUGUCCCCUUGCAGCAGCUUCUCCCAUCCCAGAGCUCUGGUUUCAGUGACACCAUCAUUCUCCAGCCAGCCCAGAACUCCCUGACAGGGUUCUUGAGUGGUAUCAGACCAGGUCUGAGUCUAGAAACCUCCCUUGUUCAAUCCUCCAGGUCUACAAAAAACCCAGGAGCUACGACUUUCCGUCGCAUUGCUCCUAAAGUGCCGCCUGGAUCAGAAGCGGGAUCAGAUGCUCCAUCUGGAUCGGCAGACGGCGCUGACAGACCAACUCUGACUAGAGCUUCAGAGGACGUUCUGUCUAAGUGCAAGAAAGCAGCUGCUGAGGACCAUGUGUUGCUGGUGGAAGGAGAGAAGAAAUACGCCUGCAGGAUCUGCUGCAAGACCUUCAUGAACCUGACGGACUGUAAGAAGCACAUUCGUGUCCACACUGGGGAAAAGCCGUAUCCCUGUCCAAAGUGUGGGAAACGCUUCAGCCAGUCCUCACAUCUGUACAAACACUCAAAGAACAGCUGCACACACUGGAAGGACGAGCAGGCUUUUCCCGACUCUCUGCUCUGAAAGUUUACACUAAAGGCACAACUUCGAUGGGCUCUUAAGGAAAGUUAUAUGAACAUUUAAUUUAAUGGUCUAAACACUGGAUAUUAACUUACAUGAAAUAUUAACUACUCACAUUUUAUAAUUUCAUUUAAUUUAAGCAAAUGAAAUGUUAAAUUUAUGUGAAUGAACUUAAAUUUUUUUGGGAAAAAAUAAAAACAUAAUUUAUAGAGAA